AUGCACCAAGUUCAGUUCGACGUUCGAGGCAAACCAUCCGCCAACACCUUGAUUCUGGUUGAUGGAUUUGAAGCGUUUCGAAGAUUUGUCCGCGGCUGGAACCGCAUGCGUUACGAUCGUGGUGGAUACUACUGGAUCGUUUAUCAACGGCAUCGCCAAGUGGAUCGAGCCGAGGUGGAACAAAUUGUGGAAGCCGCUUGGGAGUUGAGACUCCUGUAUGCAAUUGUAAUCGUGGCUGAUUCUCGUGGAGACAAUGUUGAGAUAUUUAAUCUGUGGCCCUACUCUCAAACCCAUUGCGGCGACGUUGAAUCCGUGCUGGUGGAUUGGAGGUCAACGGAUAUGUUGGCGGAUCGGUUGGGAGAUUUCUACGGCUGUGCGUUGCGGGUUGACACCUUUGAUAAUCCGCCCUUCGUUCUGCUGGAUUGGGACAAAAUGGGCAGAACAAGUAUGCUGGGGUUCGAGGGAAUGUUGGUGAACAUUCUGGCCAAGAAACUCAAUUUUUCGGUGGAAGUUAUUACGCCGCCGGAUAACGAUCAGUGGGGAUUUCCGCGGACGGAUGGAAAUAGUACGGGAUUGAUGAAACUCAUGGUUGACGAGACAGUUCACUUUGGGAUCUGCUCGAUCGGAUAUAUGGAAGAUAGAAUAGCUGUAUUGCUCCCUGGAUUCCAGCACUACACUUCGUACAUUGUAUUUGCCGUUCCUUCCGGAAGACCGUACUCUUCGUUCGAAAAGCUGUUUUUGCCGUUUGAGUGGAAAACUUGGUAUGCCCUUUUCGGAACAUUGCUAGCAUCUUUGGCAGUCAUCAUGAUCAUCAAUACGAGUUCAGCGCCCGUGAAGGAACAUAUUUACGGUGGUGGAAUAUCGUAUCCUUUGACGAACUUAAUCAACUUACUCUUUGGGGGACCACUGCAUAAACAUCCCAAAGGAUCGUUUCCUUUGGCUCUGCUCAUGUUAUGGUUGACCUUCACCUUGGUUAUCCGGACAGCAUACCAAGGGUCACUCUACAAGUACUUGCAAGUACCGAAGAACUUUUCCGCUCCAUUGACCAUGGAUGCGAUUGACAAGUCGGGUUUGGAGUAUUACAUGUAUGAAAUUGCGGCCGCAUUUUUCGCAGAUUACCCCAACGUUCUUGCGAGAACUCACUAUCUACCAUUCGACAUAUCGCUCUCGGACGCAAUUGAUCAAGUUGGCCGAGACGUGCUGAGCGGAGUCGUUCUUUGCACGGUUGAUCACGUGGCCUACCACAACAAGUACUCCCCAGCGGAGGAGUUCGUUUGGGCUACCAAAGAGUACGUGCUGGGAGUUUCGAUGGCCGUGUACUACCCGACGCGAACCUACCUGCGGGACACAUUCGAUCGCCACAUUCAGAUCAUCGAUUCAACGGGAUUGCUGCAACACUGGGCUGGCCAGAGUGCGGAUUACGACUUUACGAGUGAUCGUCGGGGGGUGGCAGUGAACCGUGCGCUCAGUGUUGCCGAUUUGUUGGGAUCGUUUCAGAUUUUAGGUGUGCUGAACGGGGGAGCAGUGGUAAUGUUUGCGCUUGAGAUGGUUGGUUUAAAGUGUAGGUUGAUUUUGCGACUUGUGGAUUGGCUGCAGGGAUGA